AUGUGCAGAAGCGUUUUACAUUUCUGAAUGGUUCAGGAUACUUCAUCAUGGUUAAGGAGGAAAAACAUCAUUAUUGUUCUGAUCUCAAGUAAUAUUCAAAUGCAGAUGAAUGUCGAUCAUUGGUAGCAACCCCAAAAAAUAUAAGGAAGUUAGUAUACUAUUAAUACCAUAGACUGUAUGGUCAAUACCUUUCUAGGCUAGCUAGAGUUAGCAUCAGCAUCUUUUGCAGCUAUAGUGUUGUUAGAAAAUGUAUGUUCUGUACACCAUUAUUGCGUCUUUAGUCUGCUUUUUGGUCUUGAAGUGGAUGAAAAAGAGGAGGUAUUGUACCGAUUCUAAAAGACUGGAUGGCAAAACAGUGCUAAUAACAGGGGGUAACUCUGGCAUUGGAAAAGAGGCAGCUGUGGCCCUUGUAAAUCGAGGUGCUCGUGUCAUUAUAGCCUGCAGAGAUGUGGAGAAGGCAGAAAAGGCUGUGAGAGAAAUUAAGUUCAGAAGCCACAGUCUCAAUGUCGCCCACAUGGAGCUGGACCUGGCCAACCUGCGCUCCGUCAGAGAUUUCUGCAAGAAGUUCCUCCAGGCUGAAAAGAGGCUUGACAUAUUGAUCAAUAAUGCAGGCAUGCCCAGUGUCCUGGACUGGACUGAUGAUGGAUUCAGCAUGUGUUUUGGCGUUAACCACUUGGGUCACUUUCUCUUGACUAAUUUGCUUCUGCCUCGUCUUAAAGAGUGUGCUCCAAGCCGCGUGGUCACACUCACAUGUUCCAUUUAUAAAUACCAGAAACUGGACUUUCAGGAUCUGAACUACAAUCUGCUGCCCUUCUUCACCUACAGCCGAAGUAAACUGGCAAACAUCUACUUCAGUCAGGAGCUGGCCCACAUCACAGAGGGCAAAGGAGUCACCUCGUACGCUGUUCACCCAGGUUUUGUGCAGAGUGGCUGGACAUGCCACUACUCCUUCCUUUUCCGCAUGCUGAUGGAGGUGGUGAUGCGUAUGUUUUUUGUGUCGUGUGAAGUCGGAGCUCAGACUGUGGUGUACUGCGCUGUGUCUGAGGAAGCUGCCAAACACAGUGGAGGAUACUUUGUGGACUGUAAACCGGCCAAUCUGCGUCCAUUCGCCAGAGAUGCUGGAGUGUCUAAAAAACUGUGGGAGGCCAGCGAGAGACUGGUAAACUUGUCCUGAAUCUGCCCAAACUACUGAUGAUGUAUCUUGUGUUUGUUUUUAUACAUAUUUUUGAAAUAUUA